AUGACGGUCCACGAUCUGGUCAUCAACUGGCGAGGCGACGUGAUUGAGAACAGUCACAUAGUCCAUGCUGCCAUCGUCGACAGCAACAACAAUCUUCUCUACUCUCUCGGCGACCAUUCUCGCCUAACACUUGCCCGCUCAGCCGCAAAGCCCUUUCAGGCACUUGCGAUCCUCGAGACCGGAGCUGCUGAAAAGUUCGGAUUCGACGACGCCGAUGUAGCACUGAUCUCUGGCUCACACAACUGCGAACAAAAGCACAUCUCUCGCGUCAAAGCAAUGUUACAAAAAGUCGGUGUCACAGAGCAGGAUAUGAACUGUGGCGGUCACCCUUCGCUCUCGAAAGUCAUCAACACUGGAUGGAUUAAAUCCAACUUUGUACCUACGGCGGUUUAUAGCAAUUGUUCUGCCAAACAUGUGGGCAUGUUGGCCGCUGCAAAGGCUCUCGGUGUCGGAAUUGAAAACUAUCACCUUCCAACGCAUCCUGUACAGUUGAAGAUCAAACAAGUACACGAGCAACUCGCCGGUCUCAAGCCCGAUGAGCUUCGCUGGGUAAUCGAUGGCUGUAAUGCACCCUCGCCGGCAUUGCCUCUACAGAACAUGGCCUUGAUAUAUGCAAAAUUAGGACAUGCCUCAGAGCUUGGCGAGGAUCAUGACGACCCAUCCAUCAUCCGAAAUCAGAGACGACUUUACCAUGCAAUGGCAGAUCACCCAGACAUGAUUGGUGGAGACUCUCGCUUCUGUACCGACUUCAUGCGUUCCUGUCCUGGGUUUUGGGUUGGCAAACUCGGCGCAGAAGGCUGCUAUGGCGUUGGCAUCCGAGAUAGCCAGCAAACAAGAGAUCUGGGUGCGGAGGGUGGCUUGGGAAUUGCAGUCAAGAUCGAAGACGGCAACAUCGAUAUCCUAUAUGCGGCAUUGGUUGAGAUCCUCACUCGAUUGAAUCUCGGCACCGCUGAGGCCAGGGAGAGGUUGAAGCAGUCGCACUGCACACUGGCUAGAAAUACAAUGGGCAUAGAGACAGGGCAUCUUUCUUUCCAGAUGGGCCUGAAAGAACAUAAUUAG